AUGGACCGUUCUAAACCAUGUUAUUUUUGGCUCCCAUUGCUAUUCACAUUAGCAUGUUUCAUGGGGCCAACAUGGUGUCAAACCGAGGCCGAGAUACUACUCAAGUUCAAGACCUUUUUAACCAAUUACGGCCCUCAGCUAGACGAUUGGAACGCGUCGGGUCCAGGUCCAUGCAGCGGCGACGAUCCAAACUGGACUGGUAUACGCUGUAGCAACGGUUCCGUCUUUGGGAUAAAGCUCGAAAAUAUGGGUCUAGAAGGUAUGAUAGAUGUAGACACACUAAAGAGAUUGAAACUUCUGCGUACCGUAAGCUUUAUGAACAACAGCUUCACAGGUCCAUUCCCUGACUUGAACAAGCUUGUUUAUUUGAGGGUCUUGUAUUUGGCAAACAAUAGUUUCUCGGGUCCAAUACGCGACGACGGGUUCGCAGGCAUGAAGGCACUGCAAAAGGUUUUUCUCGGAUGGAAUAACUUCUCUGGUUUGAUACCAAGAUCGUUGGCGACGUUGCCGAAAUUGUCGGUGUUGAGCCUUGAGUGGAAUCGUUUUGAAGGGCGGAUACCCGAUUUUAAGCAGGAUAGUCUGACUUUGGUUAAUCUCGCUCAUAACAAUCUCUAUGGUCCAAUACCCUACAGAUUGAGCAACAUGAACCCAAGUUUUUUCGCAGGUAACAACCUAUGCGGCAGGCCGCUACCCCAAUGCAAAUCCUCAAGAAGGAAACGAACUAUCAUAAUAAUCACCGUUGUAGCCUGUACGUUGGUUAUCAUAUCUCUAAUCGCAGCUGUUCACUACAUCCUCAAAGAUCCAACAAUAGCAUCCCAAUUCAAUAGACCAGAAAAGAAGAAACCAGGAAACAACGUGACAGUGGGGAAGGUCAGCGAAGACAAAUCAGCCAAUUAUUACAAAAAACUAGGCGAGAACGCGAGGCUGCAUUUCGUGAGGGACGAGAGGGAGAGGUUCGAGUUGCAAGACUUGCUCCGGGCGUCGGCCGAGGUGCUUGGAAGCGGGAGCUUCGGGUCGUCUUACAAAGCUGUGAUUUCGAAUGGGCGAGCCAUGGUGGUGAAGAGAUUCAAGCAAAUGAACAAGGUGGGGAAAGAGGAAUUCCGUGAGCACAUGGCUAGGCUUGGAAGGUUAUCACACCCUAACGUACUUUCCCUUGUGGCGUUCCAUUAUAGAAGAGAAGAGAAGCUUUUGGUCUCUGAUUUUGCUCCCAAUGGAAGCCUGGCUAGUCAUCUUCAUUCUAGGCGUGCUCCAGGGAAACCAGGGUUAGAUUGGCCAACAAGGCUGAAGAUAAUCAAGGGAGUAGCAAAGGGUUUGGCCUACCUUUACAAUGAACUCUCCAACCUCACACUACCCCACGGACAUCUCAAAUCCUCCAAUGUCCUCUUAGACUACACAUUCGAACCCCUUCUAGCCGACUACGGCCUAAUCCCCGUCGUCAACAAAGACCAUGCUCAUCAAUUCAUGGUGGCAUACAAGUCCCCCGAAUUCUCCCAACACGACCGAACGUCAUGGAAGACCGACGUGUGGAGCCUCGGAAUACUCAUCCUCGAACUCCUAACGGGUAAGUUCCCCGCCAACUACUUGAAACAAGGUAAAGGCGGCAAUACGGAUCUGGCAACAUGGGUGAACUCGGUCGUUAGAGAAGAAUGGACCGGUGAGGUGUUCGACAAGGACAUGAAAGGCACGAGGAACGGGGAAGGCGAGAUGCUUAAGUUGUUGAAGAUCGGAAUGUGUUGCUGUGAAUGGAACAUGGAGAAGAGAUGGGAACUGAAAGAGGCUUUGGAGAAGAUUGAAGAGUUGAAGGACAGAGAUAGUGAUAAUGCCGAAGAUUAUUCUUCGUAUGGUAGUGAAGGGGAGGUGUACACGUCCAGAGCAGUCACCGAGGAAGAUUUUUCAUUCUCAGUUCAGGGUUGAAACAUGAAGGAAUCAAAGUCCAUACCCAUCAAACC